CAAUGGCCACGCGCGGGCUGCGCCGCGUCCCAGCCAAUGCGUGGGCGGCUCCUCGGGCCCGGCGCCCCCGCCGCCCGCCAUGCAGCCCGCGGCCGCCGCCCCCGCGCCGCCGCCCUUCGUGCGCGUCGCCCCCGGGCUCUUCCUCGGGAGCGCGCGCGCCGCGGCCGGGCCGGAAGCGCUGGCGCGCGCGGGCGUCACGCUGUGCGUCAACGUCUCGCGCCAGCAGCCGCCGCCGAGCGCGCCCGGCGUGGACCACCUGCGCGUGCCCGUGUUCGACGACCCGGCCGAGGACCUGCUGGCGCACCUGGAGCACACCUGCGCCGCCAUGGAGGCCGCGGUGCGCGCCGGCGGCGCCUGCCUCGUCUACUGCAAGAACGGCCGCAGCCGCUCGGCCACCGUCUGCACCGCCUAUCUCAUGCGGCACCGCGGCCUCAGCCUGGCGCGCGCCUUCCAGGCCGUGAAGAGCGCCCGCCCGGUAGCCGAGCCCAAUCCCGGCUUCUGGUCUCAGCUGCAAAAGUACGAGGAGGCCCUGCAGUCCCAGGGCCACCUGUCCCCGAGCCCCGCGGACGGUUCCGAACCGGAGAUGAGCUCCGCAGUGAGCCGUGAUGGAUCAGCCGAGGGCAUGCCCUGAAGCAGGCCUCGUGCACGGAGGGGCUGCAUUUCCUCCCCCACACUCUCUGCACCUCCCUGAACCACGGCCUGGCCGGGGUCUCUUGUCCCUUGAGGACAUGCAGGGGCGUGGCCUUUGUCCCUUUGGCACUGGGAAGGUCAGCUUCUUCACCGGAGGUAAAUCCAAUCCAGCCGCGUGUUCGAGGCAAAGACUUGACUGCAGCGUGACGGCCACUCCAGACGGAGCUGGGGCUGCUGCUCAGCCUCGGGUCGCCACCUGCCCCACCACCACGCCUGGCGCGGGGCC